GAGGUCAUAACAAAGAUGGCGGCGCUGGGCACGGCGCGUUGCUUGUUCCGCAGCUUUUCUCGGGUUAAAGAUGUGCAGAGGGGCAAAAAAACGUUGCUGAGAUGCGGCGUGCGGACGUUCUGCAGUGAAACAAACGAUGCCAAGCCCCGGUUCAGAGAUCCAGCUGUGCAGGACAUCCUCGGCAGGAUAACAGGCCUGGACCUGCAGAAAGUCUUCCGUCCCAUUAAACAAGAACUGAAGCCGCCCACCUAUAAGCUUAUGACCGAUGAGCAGCUGCAGCAGGCUGUAGAGCUCGCCAAGGAGGAAGCAAGGAAGCAGCUGCAGAUGCCCCCCGUCCUUCCGGAGAGGAAGCCCAUCGACGACGUGCUGGUCGUGGAUAAGAUCCUGGAUGGCAUGGACACGGCCAAAUACGUUUUCACUGACAUCACCUACAACAUCCCACACAGGGAGAGGUUCAUAGUUGUGCGGGAGCCCGAUGGCACUCUUAGGAAGGCGAACUGGGAGGAGAGGGAUCGUCUUGUUCAGGUCUACUUCCCCAGGCAGGGCCGGAAGCUAACGCCGCAUCUCCUCUUCAAAGAAGAGAACCUCAAGACGGUGUUUUCCCAGGACCGUCAUGAGGAUGUGUUAGACCUGUGUCUGGUCCAGUUUGAUCCCGAUUCUUCAGACUACAUAAG